UUCGAUUCCUUAAAGUGUUGAGUUGAUGUAAAUAUAUGUAUAAUUUCCUUAUUUCUGUUAGAGAUAUUGUUCAGACCGUGGUGGUUGCAUAUCCACCACCCAGAACUGUUCAGAUGGUGAUAUUGUGAGCUGUAUUAAUAUGACAACUCCUUGUUAUGAAAAUGGAACUUUACAUUGCGUGGAUGUCUUGAAUUACACAUGUGGUAACAUGACUUGUGGCAAUGACACGCAGUAUUGUCCAACGAAGAAGGAGUAAGUACACUGAAGGAUUCAUUGAUAAUUAGAAAUAAAGCCAUGUUGCUACCUCAGUUGUUGCUACAUGGUGCCAUACUUCUUUUGAUUACGUUUCAAUUCCUGCAACAUGCCUUCGUCUCUACUUUGAGGUGUUGGCGCCACAGUGGAUUGGUGUAUGCGUGCCUCUCUAACCUCUCUAACGUGAUUUUGCUUGAAGAAGGCCUCCAAUCCCGAGCCAAAGUUAGCUCAGCUCUGACUUCCCUCUGAAGUAACACUGGACCAUUAUUGUUCCAGUGUUACUUCAGGAAAUGAUCUUACAGGACCUCUGGGGAAAACAGUUUAGAACUGUUCCAGGAGAUGAUCUUACAGGACCUGUGGGAGAACAGUUUAGAACUGACAGACCUUUGUAGUGGUAAUAAAGUUAGUUUAGUUUACGUCUCCCCCUACAGUAACACUGGAUCAAUAAGGAAUGUCCUUCACUAUACUCUAGCGAGAACAGUUUGAAACUGAUAGACGUAUACUGUAUCCAGAGUAAAAAUAAAGUUAUUUUAGUUUAGGUUUCCUUCUGUAGUAGCACUUGAUUAACAAGGGAUGCUUAGUUUUCCAAACUAUGCCACAUCUAUGAUCUUUUGAACUUGACCAAAUUAAAGUUAUUUAAUCAACACUUUUUUUUAUUUCCACAGAUGUAUUGACAUGGACGAUUACUGCUGUACAGAACAGGAAGAGAGUUGCGUGGAUGUCGUGAAAUACAAAUAUUUCUUCUCGCGUGGUGAGACGCUUGAUUCCAUCUGUCACCUUCUUGCCGAUGACGGCAACUUCACGGCGAACUACACCAAGUUAAAAUACACCAACCCUCUGGAGGAUGAUAAGAUGUGUGAUAACGGAACCUAUUUCUGUCCUUUGGUCCUGCACUGUAUUCCAAUGAAUCAUACCUGCAACCCUGACCGCGUUUUUGGAAUGAGCGCUGAUGAUAUAUUUGAAGAAGAAUGUGGUGCAAAUGAAACAUUCUGUUCCCUCUACUUGCAUUGUAUUCCAUCCACCCAGGACUGUUCUUAUAGAGCGCUUUUUGAUUGGCACGAUGCAGGAAACAAGUCUGUUGAUCUGUUUUCCCAACCAUGUCCCCUAAAUCAGACCUUCUGUCCAAUCACGUUCAUUUGUGAGGACAGUUGUGAUCCUCGGGUUAUUAUGGGUAACAAGAGUUGCAAUGGAACAGAAGAGGAUAUGUGUCGUAAAGACAUGGAAUGUGGUGUCAACGGCACGGAAUGCAAGGGGAAACUCAGUGCAGCGAAUUUCACCAAUGUAACGGACGCCACUGGGUCUGGUAAGUGUAACUACUUCUUCAUGUAUUGGUGGCUUUUAGUAAGUGUCUUGUAUGUCGCUACAUAUGGUGGUUAACCUUAAAUACAUACGUACAUCAAUUGUGUUCAUUUCACUCCCUAUCCGGGCUUUUCAGUGAUCGAUUACAUCAUCAAAUAGUACGCUUAUUUAUAUUACCUAUUUAGCCUAGACUAUUUGUCUUUACAUUGUUUACAACAAUUGUUAUAUUGAUUUUUUUUCUGUGUUGGUGUAAUGUACUCAGGUGAAUAUGAUGCUUGUGAUGUUACGUAUGGGCUAGUAUUCCAAAGGUCGUAGGUUCGAUUCCCACCGUGGUCAGGCUUAUUUUUCUAGCUUGCCUGGUGUGGAUAUACUCUCAGAGUAACAUCACAAACAUCAUUGUUAUUAUACAAUUACUUUAUGGUUUCCGUGUUCGGAUGGCCUGAUCCAAACACGCGGGAAUGUUGCGAGGGUUAAGAAAAGCGAGCGAAAUCACGAGCCGAAGGCGAGUGAUUUUGCCCGCUUUUCUUAACUCGAGCAACAUUCCCAAGUGUUUGGAUCAGGCCAUCCAAACAGGGAAACCAUAAAGUAAUUGUUUUAUAAAAUAACAACAACACGAUAGUCUUCCGUGUUUGGAUGGCCUGAUCCAAACACGGCUUUCGACCAAUCAGAAUACGCGUUAUGUACAUGUUAUUUUAUAAAUUACUUUACUAACAUCGCUGGAUUGUGACUGUAUAGCGUGCUGAUCACUGGAUUGUGACUGGAUGACAUGAUGAGAUUUUGUGUUGUGAAGAUGAUGUGUUGUAGGUACUGAGUUACAGUUAUAAGUAGUUACUGAGGUGUAUAUUUGUUUUCAAUCAACUUAGGUUGGCUCGAAACAUGCAAGUAUCGAAAACUGAUCAAUUCUGUCCUUUGGGAAAAGGCAAGCGAGUGUAAACCGCAUGCUGAAAAAUGCAAGAAAAAGGAGGAGUGUGAUUUUGAGAUAUGUGAGAAGCUGCACUACAUGAACAACACUGAAUGGAUCUGGGGGAAAAUAAAAAUGGAGGGUAAUGCUACUGUUUGGAUCGGCAGCUGUAACUUCACUGUGAAUGCGCAUAUGAUGAAGGGCUGUAAUUUGACCAUGGAGCACAAGAAUAUGAGCUGUGAUCCUGAAAGGUUGUGUGACAUUUUGGAAGACAAAAAGGAACAUGGGAAUAUGUCUAUGAAUGGCACUAUGUGGAUUGAAGAAUGUAAUAUCACCAUUAAUGCUUCUGCCAAAAUGCACGAAUGUAACUUCACGAAAGAUCACAAGAACAUGUCCUGUGAUCCUGAAAGGUUGUGUGACAUUUUGAAAGAAAAAAACGAAUAUGGCAAUAUGUCUAUGAAUGGUAGUAUGUGGAUUGAAGAUUGUAAUGUCACCGUUAAUGCUUCUGCCAAAAUGCACGAAUGUAACUUGACGAAAGAGCACAAGAACAUGUCCUGUGAUCCUGAAAGGUUGUGUGACAUUUUGAAAGAAAAAAACGAUUAUGGCAAUAUGUCUAUGAAUGGUAGUAUGUGGAUUGAAGAUUGUAAUGUCACCAUUAAUGCUUCAGCCAAAAUGCACGAAUGUAACUUGACGAAAGAGCACAAGAACAUGUCCUGUGAUCCUGAAAGGUUGUGUGACAUUUUGAAAGAAAAAAACGAAUAUGGCAAUAUGUCUAUGAAUGGUAGUAUGUGGGUUGAAGAUUGUAAUGUCACCAUUAAUGCUUCUGCCAAAAUGCACGAAUGUAACUUGACGAAAGAGCACAAGAACAUGUCCUGUGAUCCUGAAAGGUUGUGUGACAUUUUGAAAGAAAAAAACGAUUAUGGCAAUAUGUCUAUGAAUGGUAGUAUGUGGAUUGAAGAUUGUAAUGUCACCGUUAAUGCUUCUGCCAAAAUGCACGAAUGUAACUUGACGAAAGAUCACAAGAAUAUGUCCUGUGAUCCUAAAAGGUUGUGUCACAUUUUGAAAGAAAAAAACGAAUAUGGCAAUAUGUCUAUGAAUGGUAGUAUGUGGAUUGAAGAUUGUAAUGUCACCGUUAAUGCUUCUGCCAAAAUGCACGAAUGUAACUUGACGAAAGAGCACAAGAACAUGUCCUGUGAUCCUGAAAGGUUGUGUGACAUUUUGAAAGAAAAAAACGAAUAUGGCAAUAUGUCUAUGAAUGGCACUAUGUGGGUUGAAGAAUGUAAUGUCACCAUUAAUGCUUCUGCCAAAAUGCACGAAUGUAACUUCACGAAAGAUCACAAGAACAUGUCCUGUGAUCCUGAAAGGUUGUGUCACAUUUUGAAAGAAAAAAACGAAUAUGGCAAUAUGUCUAUGAAUGGCACUAUGUGGGUUGAAGAAUGUAAUGUCACCAUUAAUGCUUCUGCCAAAAUGCACGAAUGUAACUUGACUAAAGACCACAAGCCCUGCAAUAUCCAUGAAUUGUGCGAUGACUUAGUGAACGAGAUAGAAGAAUAUGAGAAUGGGAACAAGGUCAAUGAGACUGUCACUCUCGGUGAUUGUAAUAUAACACUGAAUGAAUAUUUUCACCAAAUUUGCACGAAAAAUCGCUCCUGUGAGAUACGUACUUUGUGCAAGUCUUUGACAGAGAAUAACUACAAUCAAUCUAAGAUCAACACAACAAUUCGUGUGAAAGGCUGCGAUGUUGUAUUUAAUCAAACGGUGAUCGAUACUUGUCAAAUUUCAUUCCAUCAUUGUAAAAUUGAAGACCUCUGUCCAAAAUACCGUGAACUCGCUGUGAACCAUACCAAGAAAUCAUUUCCAAAGAUGGUCGAAGGAUGUAAAGUUGAUUGGGAAGAAAUGAAACAAUGUCGUAAUAUUACAUUUAAGAAUGAUUCGUGCGAAGUCCAUGAACUCUGUCACUUUCUUGACGAUGCUUUGCGAAGAUACAACAAUAAUUCGGCUAUGAAUGAGAGUGUUACAGUUGGCAAUUGUACUAUCAAUGUGGAUAGGAACGUUUAUAAUAUUUGCAUCAACCAUAGCUGUGAACUGAGUGAGCUCUGUAAACCCCUGCGUAAGAAACUUGAUAAAGAGCGUGAUUGGAGUAGGUCGAUGAUGAACAGUACUAUUGAAGUGAAGAUGUGUUAUCUUACUCUCAACCAAACCGUCCUUGAAGAGUGUAACAUUACAAUGGAAAAGAACGAUUCUAAGAAAUGUAAAAUCAAUAAGCUUUGUAAGCGUAUAAUAGAGAACAGCUACAAUAGUUCCAUGCUAAACAUGACCAUUCACAUUGAAGAAUGCGAGAUUAUGUUUGAUAAAAAAGUUGUGGAUGCGUGCAACAUCACAUUCGAGCCACCGUGCAAAGUUGAAGAUUUAUGUUCCAAAUAUCGAGCGCUCGGACAAAACCAUACCAAAUAUUCCUUCCCGAAGUAUGUUGGUGAAUGCAAAGUAAAGAUGGAUGAAUUUGAACAAUGUAAUGUCACCUUGCAAGAACUUACAGAUUACCGCUAUGAGAUGUUCUACAAUAGCUUUAAAAUUUCAGCCAGUGUUAAGAAGAGUGUGUCGCACAUUGCAAUACGUGAUGUUGGUAUGGCGAGCCAAUACGGACAUUGGGAGUAUGAGAACAACGGGACCUGGACACCACUCGGCCCAGUUUCCUCCAACCAUUCUAUAGUACUCGCUUCCGAUAUUCGUUUGAGGUAAGAUAGAACUGCGUGUCAACUUUUAUUUGAUAAAACUAAAAUUGCUAAUAUCGUGUUUCACACACUAGUAUAUUUGCCUUAGAUCUUCACCCCAAUCACAAAUCAUACACAAUUAAUUAGUCCUUCUCACGAAGGCCAAAAUCCACCAUUUUGGGGGUACUGUCUGCCCUCGUGAAAGACUCUAGGCAAUUUAAACAUUGAUUUACGAGCAUGUCUUGAUGUCUUUCUUAGAUUUGUGGCGAACGACUCUUCAUGGCAGAAAUGGCACGGUCUGGCAACCUUGAUGUACACUCCAGUGAUGAGUAAACCUACAGGAAGUCGUGUUGAUGUCUCUGAUAUCCUUCAUGAUCCAAGAAAUACCCUAGCAUUCCUAAAAUAUCCCUCACGUCCUGUGGUCAAAGUUCUGGGCGUUGUUAAUUCCUACACUGUCGGUGAAGACGAACAAGGACCAGGAUUUAUGGUAGGCUAUGAAAUAUUUACCUCCGACAAGAGGUUAUCUUUUUAUCCGCGCUUGCAUGUGUGUUUAUUUGUUUGUUUGUGUUAUUUUAUUAGAACCGUAUUUCUUGAGUUUCAAUCACGUGAUAUUUUAGCAUAAUUUCACUCGGGGGGCAAUCAUUGAAUUGAGAUCAACUAAAAUAACAAAGAAACAAAAUGGCUGUCAACGCAUCUUAUGUAAAUGAGUUCUCCGAUCAUUAUAAAAGUUAAUAUAAAACAAUUAUAAAAGCCGUCCUUUACCUUUGAUACAUACACGUGACCCGCACGUGACGUCAUAUGAAACGCGAGAAUACGAGGUUUGUUUAAAUUACAAUAAACCCUAUUCCGAAAACGCCAUAUUUACAUCAUGUCAUUCCACCAAUACUGGAUAUUAGGUGAGAUAGAAAUACCCCCAGCCUGGUCAGCGCCUCGUGAUACACGUGUUCUUCAUGUGUUGGCCUUUGAGAAGGAGGAAAAGCGCGAGGGGCCGGGAAACACAGGAAAAAACAACCAGAUAUUAUGAUAAUUUUUAGAUGAUUAGGAUGAUGGAGGCAGGUUUGUUGGAUACAACAAUGGAUGUUCCAGUGGAUGGUAACAUGUCAGAAUAUUUUGAACACUUGGAUUCUAAAGUGGUUAAAGACUACAACGAGACUGUGAAAUGUUUUAAAAAAUUUGAAGUCGCCAUCGCGAUCAUUGAUGUAGGCAAAUCAUCACAAGGUUUGUUGUCAAAACAUUGGAAAUAUUGUCCAACUUAUAGCUUGGGUUGAAACUCACAUUUUUUACCACACAGGCCGAAAAUGUCCUUCCUGGGGGGCUAGUAAUGAAGAUCCAUUGUAUAAUGUUACUACAGGAGGAAACCUAGACUAUUGAGAAAAGUUCCAGGACCCAAUUUAGAGUAGAAAUUGGCCCAACUCGAUAUGCAAGCGUUGCAUACAAGACGUGAUAAUCUAUAUUUUGCGGCGACGUCUAAAACUUCUGUGGGAUUUUAAUUGUUAAUUUCUGCUCAUUUUCUUGCAUUAAUAUGAUAGUAAUAGCCGUCCUCGUUGCACAUUAUCACUCUUCAUUUAUUAUCCCUCUUCAUUAUUUAUUAUCCUUCUUCAUUAUUCAUUAUCCCUCUUCAUUUGUUUGCAGGAACGUGGGAAGUGAAUAAACGCAAAGUGUCCGCUAGCAUGGCUAAUCCUCAUGUUGUUGCGCCACGUGACUUGCUGCGGUUUAUCUCAAAGGAGAACGUGCACGGAAAGUCGUUGUUGAAGUUCGUGCCUGUUGCAUACAGCAAUUGUUCCGGUCCUGUCAAGGCAGAAUAUGGAGCCCCUGCUCCAUUUGCGCAUGCGUUGAAUGGGGUAGGUUUGUGUUAUUUUAUGCUCUACUUUCAAUUAGCUGGAAGCUUUUCUAGGAAAGUUGCAUCAUGCACUAUGUUAUUUUCCGAACAAAUUCUAGGAAGGUGAAAGCUAGCUUGCACUAAUUUUUUAUAUUUUUUUUUCUGUUUAUCCUGAUUUUUUUCAAAUGUUCGUCAAAAUUAUUUUAACAUAUCCAAGCUGAAUCAAAUCAAAGUUCUGCCAAAGUUAAUCACGAAGUAUUUUCACCUCCGUGCUAGGUAAUGAUGAUACAGAACACGUCAAAACAAGUCAGAAAGUUGGUAGAGUCAGCUCUAAGACUCAUGACAUCGACCGACCUCUACAGCCUGGCGAACUUUAACGGCGCUGUUGAUAGUUUGGUUGCUUCUACACAAGACAAGAACAAAGUUAAGGACAUCGCUUCUGAGGCGUUUGAUGCAGGUACUUUAUACUAAAAACUCAUUAAUAAUUGAUGAGGAAAAGACUAUGGAAAUCACUGCCGUGUCGGUGGUUUUAUAUGUAAUAAAAAAUCAUGUUCAUUUACAUAAACUUUAACUUGGAUUUUUCUUUAAUUUUUCUUUUCAGUAACCUUACCACGGGAGAAACCCCGAUCUGGCCUGCCUAGAUCCCUCGACGUCAAAGGCAGCCUGGUUUUCUUAAACAAUCCCAAAGUGUACAUAUUUAAUGUUUCCGUGACACCGACAAACGACCAACCGGAAGUCGAGACCCCCCGAAUUUUCCUGCCCGCUAUUGCCUACAACGUUACAACCCGCCCUAACGCAGGCAAGGUUGUGAAAGACCUACUCAUUCAGGCACGCGCUUCUGAUAUUGACGGGGAUAAACUCGGGAUUGCAAUUGUUCAAGCUUUGAAUACUAGCAUUGGUUCAUGGUAUUAUAAAUCACCUUCAGGAGUUUGGACUCAAGUCAUUGUGAACAAUGCUGAGUAUUCUGACGGCCUACGUGGUAAUGUUUCGGCCAUGAUCUUAAACUCAAGCUACCUUCUUAAAUUCCAAAUGCAUGAUGAUGAUAUAUUUUGGAACAAUGUGGAAGCGUCACAGCAAGCCAAAAUUGUUUUCCUGCCUUGGGAUGGUUCCGACAACGCUACGAUUGGUUUGCGCAGUGUGGUGCCCAGGCCAUCCAAAGAUACUGCUGCAUAUGGUAGAACGUCUGUGACGGCAAUCGUACAAAGGUUUGGUUGUGAUGGACGCCCGGGGUCGAAGGGGAAAAAUGAUCGAUGCGGAGUUUGUGGGGGAGAUGGUCAAUCGUGUCUAGGAUGUGACGAUGUUCUCAACUCUGGGGCUGUUUUUG